AUGAAAAGACAUACUGAAAAGAAAUCUUAUAAAUGUGAUAUUUGUGAAUGGGGUUGUUCUCAUCCAAAUUCUCUUAAAUUGCACAUGAAAAUACAUACUGGAGAGGAGCCAUACAAAUGUGAUGUUUGUGACAAGGGUUUUUCUGCAUCAAGCAGUCUUAACAUACACAUGAGAAUACAUACAGCUGAAGAAAAACCUUUCAAAUGCAAUGUUUGUGGAUGGCGUUUUUCAAAAUUAACAUACCAAACUCAACACAUGAAAAUACAUACUGGAGUGAAACCAUUCAUAUGUGAUGUUUGUGGUAAAAGCUUCAUUAGAUCAACUGAUUUUAAAGUUCACAUGAGAAGACAUACUGGCGAGAAACCACAUAAAUGUGAUGUUUGUGAAAAGAGGUUUAUUACUGCAAGUGCAAUAAAUCUUCACAUGAGAACUCAUACUGGAGAAAAACCUUACAAAUGUGAUGUUUGUGAAAAGUGUUUUAUAAUGUCAGAUAAGCUAAAGAUUCACAUGAGAACACAUACUGGAGAAAAACCAUAUAAAUUGAAAACCCACAAAUGUGAUGUUUGUGAAAAGAGUUUUACAAGAGCAAGCACUCUUAAUGUUCACAUGAGAUCACAUACCGGAGAAAGACCAUACAAAUGUGAUGUUUGUGAAAAGAGUUUUAUUCAAUCAAGCUAUCUUAAGAUACACAUGAGAAUACAUACUGGAGAGAAACCAUACAAAUGUUAUGUUUGUGGUAAGUGUUUUAUAAGGGCAAGCAGUCUUAAAGUUCAUAUGAGAACACAUACUGGUGAAAGACCUUACCAAUGUGAUGUUUGUGAAAAGAGUUUUAAUGAAUUAAACCAUCUUAAUGUUCACAUGAGAAUACAUACUCGAGAGAAACCUUACAAAUGUGAUGUUUGUGAAAAAUGUUUUACAACUGUAUCAUACCAUAAAAUUCAUGUGAAAAUACAUACUGGAGUAAAACCGAACAAAUGUGAUGUUUGUGAAAAGAGUUUUAUAAGAGCAAGCGAUCUUAAUGUUCACAUGAGAACACAUACUGGAGAGAGACCAUACAAAUGCGACAUUUGUGGAAAAUCUUUUAGAACUGUAUCAUACCAUAAAAUUCAUGUGAGAACACAUACUGGAGAGAGACCAUACAAAUGUGAUGUUUGUGGAAAAACUUUUAGUCAAUCAGGCUAUCUUAAGGUACACAUGAGAACGCACACUGGAGAGAAACCAUACAAAUGUGAUGUUUGUGGAAAAUGUUUUAGAAAUGUAUCAUACCAUAAAAUUCAUGUGAAGACACAUACUGGAGAGAAACCC